AUGGCGUUCGAGCCCUUCAUUAAUCAAUGGCAACAAAUGUUCGGAAUGUGUUCUCCGAGAGGAGUGUCCGCAGUGUUUGACGAGUCGGCCGACGGCUACGUCAAGUCAGAAGCCGUGAGCUGUUUAUUCCUGCAGCGGCGGCGCGACGCCCGUCGAGUGUACGGACACAUAUUGGCCGCUCGUAUGGGAAUGGAUGGGAAUAAAAAGUUGGGACCUUUUUAUCCGUCGAGUGAAACUCAGGCAGAAUUAAUGCAAAUGACGUACAGAGAGGCGAACGUCGACCCGUCGGGUCUGACCUACUUUGAGGCCCACUCGACGGGCACUCGUGUGGGAGACGUGGAAGAAGUGAAAGCCAUAUACAGCGCGUACUGCGAGAAGCGGACCAAACCGUUGCCUUUGGGGGCCGUGAAGAGCAAUAUGGGUCACUCAGAAGGCGCCUCAGGACUGGUCUCUAUUACCAAAGUGUUGAUCGCAUUCGAGAAUCAAUGCAUUCCUCCAAAUAUUAACUUAAAUGCUUUGAAGCAAGAGUUGAGACCAUAUUUUCCACCCCUUUUGCCCAUCACUGAGAAAUAUGAUUAUAUUCCCGGUUUGUAUUUAUAA